UACAUUUUGUCAUCAAUUUAUCCUUAUUCCGUCUUUUAUUUUUUUUUUCACUAAAAAAUCUUUUAUUUAAGUAUUUUCUAAUAAGAAAAUCCCCUGUUUCAAAGCUGUUUUUGCCUCCUCUUUUUCCCCAUUUGUUUCUGUCUCUUUCUCUUCUAACUCUCAUUAUUACAUAUGGCUAAGACCAAAGCUUCCUCUUCUUCUUCUUCUUCUUCUUCAUUACUGUUGGAUUUAUCAAUCUCUAUAAAUUAAACUCUCACUAUUUUUUUUCAAUUCCUAAUACUAAAACCCAUCUCAACAUUUCCAUCUCGUGGUUUUUGUUUUUGGAAUUUGGUUGAUGUAAUAUCAUCAUAUAUUUAUCAACCAAAUUGUGAUCAAUCAAUAAUCAAAUAAGCAAGAGGAAGGAAUGGAGAGGCUAAACUCAGAGUUGUACUUGCAAAACUGUUACAUAAUGAAGGAAAAUGAGAGAUUGAGGAAGAAGGCCCAACUUUUGAACCAAGAAAAUCAAGCUCUUCUUUCAGAACUGAAGCAGAAAUUAUCGAAAGGAAAUUCAAAAGCCAAUGCUUCAAAAUCAAUUCCUGAUCUUAAUCUUUCCUCCGCAAAUCCUUCUAAUUCUUCCAAUUGAAAUCAUACAAUAUCAAUGGAAGAAGAAGAAGAAGAAGAACAUGAUGAUGAUGAUGUUGAUGAUGAUAUCAAGACCCCACUUAAAGUUUAAUCUUAUUUUUAAUUUUUUUUUUUAUGUUUUUCAUUUUUUGUGAAUUACCAUAGCCAACA